AUCUGCCCUUUGCAUACUGUGGUAAAACGGAGGGUUUUAUUUUAUUGUUUAUAUUGACGUCGUUGUUUUUGUUGUAAAUAGUUCAUUUGAUUUUUAAAUUAUCUCCUACAGAUAUAUGUAACAUAAACGGAGAUAAAUUAAAAAUGGAGCAAGAAUCAAAACAAGCAGCUGUUCUUCAAAAUGGAGAAAACGGAUUUGCCAUGAAGGAGUCGGAGCAAAUAAAUAAUUUAGUAGAGGACUCUGAUGAAGAUGAUCAAAGAGAAAAUGAAUCAUUUGAUGCUGGUGAAACUUUAAUAAUAAAAACGGAAGAAGAUGAUGAGGAUACUGGCUCAGGAUUUAUUGUGGAGGGUGAGGUUUUUGAAGAGGAUUUGCCCGAUAUACCUUCCGAUCUGACCUCGUCACAUCAUGAGAUAAUAGCCGAUGACUACAGAGUGAGCAUACCAGACAAACCCCACCCAUAUGAGUGUAAUAUAUGUGGUAAGGUCUGCUGUAACCGAAGCGGGUUACGCAACCAUAUUAGGAUUCACACAGGUGAACGACCUUUUGCUUGUGAUCUCUGUGGUAAAACUUUUAUACAAAAACAACAUCUACAGACUCACAUCAGGACUCACACUGGGGAAAAACCUUUCAGUUGUGACCGUUGCCCUAUGACCUUUACCACUAGCGGUGGUCGUAAAAAACACAUCCGUACUCACACCGGCGAGAAGCCGUAUAGUUGUGGCAUUUGUUAUAAAGCCUUUACACAAACUGAUCAUCUCCAUGGUCACAUGCGACAGCAUACAGGAGAACGACCAUACAGAUGUGAUACCUGUAAUAAAACAUUCAGCCAGCGCAGCACCUUACACUCGCAUUCGAGGACCCACACGGGGGAUAAAUGGUAUCGUUGCGAUAUCUGUAAUAAAACGUUUGCACGUAGCGACACGUUGAUAGUUCACAUGAAACUCCACACGGGUGACCGAGCUUUUAUUUGUGGUGUUUGCGACAAGACGUUCGCGAAGAGUUGUAACUUACAGCGACAUAUCCGAUCUCAUACCGGUGAAAAACCGUAUAAGUGCGACGUUUGUGAUAAAUUAUUCAGUGAUAAUAGUUCUCUCAGAAAACAUAGACGAAGUCAUGCUAGAAAAAUCAUGGAAGAAACCAUGGAGGAAAUUAACUAGGAAAAAAAUUUGGAGCAAAUUAACUAGGAAAAAAGUGUUGGAAAUCAACUAGAUAAAUCGUGUAGAAAAUCAACUAGAUAAAUCGUGUAGGAAAUCAACUAGAAAAAUGUGUAGGAAAUCAACUAGAAAAAAAACAUGUAGGAAAUCAACUAGAAAAAAUGUGGAGGAAGUCAUGAACUAGACAAAAUGUGUAGGAAAUUAACUAGAAAAAACAUGUAGGAAAACAAGUAGAAAAAAUUUAGAGGAAGUCAUGAACUAGAAAAAAUUUGAAGGAAAUUAGCUAGAAUAAAUAUGAAGGAAAACAUUUUUUAUUGGUGAAUUCAUGGAUGACUACAGUACAAUCUAAUAGAAUGCUCAGGUGGCAGAUCUGGAAUUAAAUGGGUUAGUUGUACCUGGUAAACCCGUCAGGCGCUAGCUAUUCAGCUAGAACCUUAACACUUUGAACUUUGUGUGCAGGACUGGGUUAACACUUUGAACUUUGUGUGCAGGACUGGAUUAACCAUUAAGCAAAAUAAAAACAUGCUGAGGGCAUCACGAGAAGGGGGCAUCACAAAAUUUCUGCUUUGUUAGAUGACAUAUUUCAAAUAUUUAAUUCAAAAAUUAAUUAAGUACUUUUAAUUAGUUUUUCAUUGUUUUUGUCUUUUGUUUUCUGGCUGUUACCUGCUUUGUCUCAGUUUAUAAUAACAUUAUUUUCCAACUUACAGUAAGUUUUGUUAUAUCGAAAAACAACAAUUUAUUUUAUUGUUUAUGUUUUGAAUUAAAUAUAUAUGGGGACACCAAAAUCUUUUGAGUGCUUAGGUCCUCGGUGGGUUUGGUGUUCUAGUGGUUUAACAGUGUGCGUGAAACUAUAGGGUCAAGUGGCGUGAUUCGGAUUUCUGGCUUGUACGUGACAAUGAGUAGGGUCACCUGUCCAGUCUCGUAGGUUUUAUCGGGUCCUCUGGUUUCCUUUCACUGCUAAAGACUCCUACGCACAAGUGAGUAAUUAAAGUAAAAUUGAGCUAUAUGCUAGUCCCAAAAUAACCUAGUUUGUGUCUGGUGGAUGUUAAACCCCAUUACUCUCUCUCUCACUUAAGGUCUCUAUGAGUUUUAAUCCAGCCCUGUUUGUGUGGGACAUAUAUUAUUAAUACUGUUAAAGAAACAAAUCUGCACAGUAAUUAAACAUGCAUUACGUAUAUGUAAGAGCUAAAUCUGCCUAUUGCAGGUCUAUAUUUGGGCCUUAAAUGUUACAUAAAUUAUUUGUCAGAUAUUUAUUAACAUGACUAGACCAUAAUCAACUCUGGAUGCCAUCCGAUUUUAAGUACAUUAGAACAUUUUGAUCAUGUAAUGAUUUAAUUUAAAAAUGGUGAAGACUCGGAUGACCAGAACGGUGGUUACGAUCAAUGCACACAUCUUGCCAAAACUAUAGCUAAUUCUAACUUUCCUCAAAUGAAAGUAAUUUGAAUGAAAUUUUCAAUAAAUUCAUUUUGCAUUAUCUAUUUUUGAACUAUUAUAGCGAGAACAGCCAAUUCUUUAUCUAAAUCUUACAUAAUGUCCCUUUAAUGAGGACAUUUUUAUUUUCUAUACCUGUAAUAAAAACAUGUCACUUAAAAAGGGCGGGGGGGGGUGGGGUGGGGUGGGGGUGGUGGUGAUGUCCGAAUGGUUAGCGUGUGCACGUUGUAUCAUAAGGUCUGUCAUUGAGCCAUAGGGUGUGGUUUCGAUUGCCCGGUUGUACAUGACAAGGAGUAGAGUCGUCUGUCCAAUCUCAUGGGUUUUCUCGGGUCCUCCGUUUCCCUUGCACUGGUAAAGACCACUACGCGCAAGCGAAUUAUUGAAAUAAAAUUGAACCAUAUGUUAGUUCCGAAAAGACCUAGUUUGUUUCAAGUGGACGUUAAACCCGAUCUCUCUCUCUCUCUCUCUCUCUCCCUCUCUCUUAAAAAGGGCCGUGGGGUUAUUACCAGAAUGUUUUGUUUAUGUUAGGUAAUGAUAUGUUGUAGAUAUUUUUAUUUGUUUUGUAUAUUUUUUUACACAUUUUGCUGAUUUCUCUGAUGUUGAAGAUAUAAAUUGUUGUUGAAUGGAGUUUUUUAUAACAGAUGAUGUGACAUAGUUUGUUAAAUUUUAUGAAAAGCUGUCGAAGAACACUGGCGCCUAAUUCACAAAAAUUUAAAGCUAAACUAAAUUAAAGAUGCGAACAUUUAAUGAUCACUAAAAUCACUGAUUAAAACACAGAUUCUAUUUUGUAUUUCGUUUUACUUGUCUUUACUACACUAGAAUCUGAAAGAGUUGUUACAUGUACAUGUAUAUACCCCGAAUUCUAGUUGAUGUGAGGGAUUAGCCAAUGAAACGGUCUGUUGCGACUAGUUCUUGUGGAUAUCCCACUAGAAACAUCAACGCUGAUUGGUUAAUCAAAUGUCUGACGCCAUAGGGUCAAAAGCAGCUCGUAGGACAUCUAACAUGACUUUUCACUACAACUGGUCAGAUCUUCAUGUAGUAGAGGCCAUCGAAAGUAUAAAACAAAGAAACGAAAUAUAGAUCUGUAUUUUAUUCAGAUUGUUAUUGAAGAGAAGAACUACAAAAUUUUAACUAUAAAAAACAAAAUGGGUCUUGUGUGUUAAUCAAACAGACAAUACAUACAUGUAAUCCAUGUCUAUUUCUGAACAAAAAUUCAGAUAAGCCUUAUUUAUAUACUGGUAGCCAACUUCAGAGGUUUUCUCCCACUGCUAAAGACCCCUAUGCGCAAGCGAAUUAUUGAAAUAAAAGUGAACCAUGUGUUAGUCCCGAAAUGACCUAGUUUGUGUCGAGUGGACGUUAAACCCCAUUUCUCUCUCUCUCUCUCUAAAUCCCCUAAAUAUAAGAGUAAGCCAUAGUGCUGCUGUCCAGGCAAAAAUUCCCUCAUAGUACACUGUAUGGCGUAUGUCUGUCUUCAUUAGCCCAGUCAGUGCAGAACAAUGUAUAUAUACUUAUACAUGUACAUUUAUUAACGGUUUGUGGUGGGCUUUUUGGUUUAUCUUUAGCUUUCCAGUAAAAAAUGAAAUGAAAUGGGGUUUAACGUCCUACUGUUCUGCUCCGAACUGGGCUAAUGAACCAUGUGUUAGUCCCAAAAUGACCUAGAUUGUGUUGAGUGGACGUUCAACACCAUUUCUCUCUCUCAUAUACUGGUAUUUUAAAUUUUGUGACACUCCCCUUUCACAAAAUGCUGCCGAGAUGGCAUGCAAGACUGAUCAAUAGAAACCAGUGUUUAAAUCAAUUUGAAUAAUUUUUGUA